UCCCCGACUCCGGCUCCCCGGCCAGAACCAGUAUUGGCCUGCUGGACUCCCUUGCCUUCGGGAAAACUCUGCCCUCGCCGGGAUCCCACUGGUCGGUGUCGCAUUCAUGGCUCUGUGGUACCCCGUAAUCCCCUAACUGGCUCCCCUGUCCACGAGGCCGAUAGACUUCGUCUCCAGGCUGAGCAGGCUGACCUAGUGCGUCAAAGGAAACGAGAUUUGCAGCAAAGGAAACGUCGACGUCGGUAUUCCCACUUAGAGGACAUAUCCUCUCAUGCGGAAAAGGUCGUCGCAAAGCAGUUGCGAAAUCGCCUUCUCCAUCCCAUCCGUAAAGAGUAUGGUGGUGGAACGCCUAGCCAACGAUCGCUGGCCUUUUCCGCGCUUAUCCACAGCACUGUGGAUACUAGAGCCGAUAAAAAAAAACAGUUCUGGUGUUAUCGCGUAAAUGGUGCUCAGGUCUUCUAA